AUCUUGCAUCUUCAAUAUCACAACAUUCGCAGUCGCAAACUUCACAUACCACACACCCAUUCAUUAUACUCAUCAUAAGCAAUCAUGUCUAACAACAAGUUUGAAUCGCAGGCUUCUACCAACUACAAGGAGGCUUUUGCCCUGUUCGACAAGCGCGGAAACGGCCGUGUCACUGUUGACAGCCUCGGUGAUCUUCUGCGCGCCUGUGGCCAGAACCCUACUCUUUCCGAGAUUCAGGACCUCGAGAAGAACGUUGGUGGCGAAUUCGACUUCGAGACAUUCCAGCGCGUCCUCAACCGCCCCGGCGGUUUCCGCGACCCUGGCGAGCCUGAGGAAUACUGCCGCGGUUUCCAAGUGUUUGAUAAGGAUAUGACGGGUUUCAUCGGCGUCGGCCAGCUUAAGUACAUCUUGACAAACCUGGGCGAGAAGAUGACCGACGAGGAGGUCGACGAGCUCCUCAAGGCCGUCGACACCAGCUCAGGCCAGGUCAACUACACUGACCUUGUGCGAACCAUCCUCGCCAACUAAAGAUUGUAAAGAUAUGGGCGGGUUAGGUUAUGCAUCUACGUUGACGGACCGGCGUUUGCUUGUUUGAUUAUGGAUAUGGAUGGAAUCGGCUACGGAUACGCUGAAAUGAUGAAUUAUUGCUUCCCUUGUACGGAGCACUAGCAUGUCUGGAUUUUUGGUAGAUAAUUGGGAGGCGAGUAGGAGUUAUGAAAUAAAGCUCUAUAUGUCUCAA